CCAUCAGCCAUUCAUCCAGGGCCGUACGCUUCCCUUGACAUCUUCUACCCCUCGAGGAUUGUACUCUUCUCUUAACAGCCCUUACACCGGGGUAACCAAGUCUCUCUACCACCACCUCCCUUUCCCUCUCCUUCUCGAAAGUCGCGGAGCGACAAACUUCCGACCCACCGCCAUCAUGGUCCACGCAGUCGCGCAAGACACCACUGCCGAGCAUGGCCAACGCCACUUCACGAGCAAACUGGUUUUCAACAUCAUAGUCAUUUGUUUUGGCACGACCAGCUUCGGAUUCUGCAAUGCGGUCAUCGGCACAAGUCUGGGGCAGCCUUCUUUCAUUAAGCACAUGAAAUUAGAUGUUCUGCCCAACGCGACCUCGCUUGAAUCCGCCGUUCUCGCCAUCUACUUCCUCGGCGGGCUCUUCGGGACGGCUUGCCACACGCUGACGGCCGACCGAUAUGGUCGCAAGGUGUCGACAUCGAUCGCUUGCGCGGUCAUGAUCUUCGGAGCGGCGUUGUGCACGGCGGCGGUAAACAUGGGCAUGUAUAUUGCCUUUCGGUUUUUCUGUGGAUGGGCUUCGUAUCAAUUUUUGUCGACGGUACCCACGUGGGUGGCUGAAAUUACGCCCCCGUCCCACCGCGGCGUCCUUGGUAACAUUAUCGCCGUCAACAUCGGAGUCGGAUACGUGUUAUCAGCAUACAUAGGAAUUGGAUUUUACUUCCUUACCGGAAACGACGAUCAAUGGCGCGGCAGCACAGCCUUGCAGAUGCUCUUCCCUAUCCUCUUGCUUUCAGCCAUGUAUUGGCUCCCCGAGUCGCCUCGAUACCUGAUCGCCAAAGACCGUCACGAAGAAGCUUUGGCUUUGCUAAAGAGCCUCCACGCCGGCGCGAACCACUCCACCAACUUUGCGGAAGUCGAGUUUUAUCAGAUCAAACAACAGGUGCAGAGCGAUGUGGAACACAAAAUGUCGUUCGUUGACAUCUUCCGUAAACCGACGAUGCGGAAGCGUGCGCUCAUCUCCUGGUGUCUCCCUUGGUGCAUGCUGGGCUCGGGUGUCUUGGUGAUCAACAACUACGGAAGCGCCAUUUACUCGAAACUAGGCUACGACUCUUUCCAGGUCCUUCUCUUUCUGGCGGGAUGGGACUGCGUCGUUAUGAUCGCCCCCUUUAUUUGCAUGACUUUCGUGGACCGCGUAAGCCGGACUUACCUUUUAGCAACCGGCUUUUUCCUCUGCAUGUGCACACUUAUCGUGCUCGCCGCAUUGCAGAAGACGUAUCUGGGCACCGAAAACCACGCUGCUCUCGCCGCAUGCGUCGCUAUGACGUUCUUAUACGUUUUGGCAUACGUAAUGUUUUUAGACGGACCAAUGUUCUUUUACUUGGGGGAAAUAUGGCCGAGUCACGUACGCGUACAAGGCUUCUCUAUCGGCACGACGGCGAACUGCGUAUCGAACCUGGUGUGGACUUCCGCGGCUCCGGCAGCCUUCGCCAGCAUUGGGUGGGGCUACUACCUCUUCUUCGUCGUCCAGGCUUUCCUCGGAGGCGUCGCUGCGCUGCUCUUCUUCCCCGACACCGCGCGUAAGCCGCUCGAGGAGAUCGCGGCACUUUUCGGCGACCAGGAUGUGGUCGUGUUCCAACAGGACCUGGACAGGAAGGGACUGGGCCCCGAGAGUGAGAAGGACAAUGUCGAUUACCAGGAGCGAGUGCAGCCUGCAGAGAAGGCUUGAGGGGAUUGUUACAUGAGUGAUUAUUGAUUUUGCGAAAUUGGUCACGUGAUAUACUACUGCUUGGAGAGAAGUGCGAUAUGACGAAUCAGAUUGCUGCGUGCGUG